UCUCUCACACACACUCACACACACACACACACACACACACACUCCGGUGCAUGUUUAGGCAAGAAUUUAUGGCACAUCAUCAUAUCAAUACAUUGUCAGUUUUCAGUACAAAGUGUCUUUAUGAAAAUGUGACUUGACCUCAUCUCAUUUUCUUUUAGAAUUUCUUCUAUUCUCGUAAAAAUUUUAUGAAGCCCACCCAUCAAGAGUUCCCUCACCGCAACUUCCAGGAGGAAGUCGAGUUCCUCAGCCAGAUUUUUCCAAAUGGAGCAGCCUACUGUAUGGGACGUCUGAACUCAGACUGCUGGUAUCUGUUUACGCUGGAGCUGCCGGAGUUCUGGGAGAACAAGCAGGCGGACCAGACACUAGAAGUUCUGAUGAGUGACCUCGACCCGGCUGUGAUGGACCAGUUCUUCAUGAAAGACGGUGUUUCUGCUAAUGAUGUCACUCGUAUGAGUGGAAUUCGUGACCUGAUUCCAGGUUCAGUGAUUGAUGCCACAAUGUUCAACCCUUGUGGAUACUCCAUGAAUGGAAUGAAAACGGAUGGAACUUACUGGACGAUUCACAUCACCCCCGAACCAGAGUUCUCCUAUGUCAGCUUUGAAACCAACCUCUCCCAGACGUCUUAUGACGAGCUUAUCCGCAAAGUCGUGGAUGUCUUCAAACCAGGGAAAUUUGUGACAACGCUUUUCGUCAAUCAGAUCUCCAAAUGUCGCAGCGUUUUCUCUUCGGCUCAGAAGCUGGAGGGAUACCGCGUCCUGGACCGCCAGUCGGCACACUUCAACGACUACAACUUCGUCUUCACCAGUUACACCAAGAAUCGCCAGCAGAAGCAGAGCUGAACCUCCGAAAUGAAGAAGCGUAAAAAGAAACCGUGUGGCUGGCGGCGUUUGUGCGUGGAGUCUUCUGGCUGUAGAUCUUCCCCGAGUUUAACGUUUAUGCAUACUUGUACCUGUGACGUAGAUAUCGUGCAUGAAAGCUCUUCUCGUGUCUCUGUAGAUAUUCUAGCCCAUUCUUGCUGUGAUCUUGAAGUGCAUGUAGGGUUCUUGAACAUGGCGGUGGUGGUGUGUGUGAGGCAUGUCACACCAUCAUCCCAGUACAUGCAAUGCUCCCUUCCCUUCCUGCAAGUGUCCCCUCGCAUCUCCCACAGACAGGGUUUCCGACCUCACUAGACAAGGACCCUGACACGCUCAGAUCCGACGCGAGCUCAUCAGUGUGCGAAGAGGUUGGUUGACUUGCAUUUCAUUUCUUUUAACACACAUGGCGUUGGUCAUUUUUCGGCGCUCAGCAUGUGUUCAGCUCAACUGUGUGUAGCUAGCUAACUACUCUGACAGUGUGUGAAGAAGUCCUGAAAACAAACUUAAAAUAUUCCUCGUCCAUCUUUUAGCCCUGCAGGCAGCUGUGUUUAUUCGGUGUGCUAGAGAAGUGAGCGUUGAGUUGAAGUUGAGGAACUUCGAUGUCGACAGCCUGCGCUUCUUUUAGGGGCUGUUUUGGAAAACCGUGCUGGUUUCAAUAAUACAGAGAAGUGAAUGUUACUUAACUGUUGCCUUAAGUGUCAACAA